AUGGAGUGUGAAAGUGAACUUGUUGCGGGACUUGUAACAGAAUUAUCUGGUGCAUUUUUUGUAAUUUAUUCCGUUUUAGAAAUUACACACUUGUUGGUAUCCACUAUUUUAUUUACGGGUUUGUGCUUUGGUGGGUUGUUUGUAUGUUUAAAGUCUAUAAUUAUACUCGCUAUUGGGUUCUUAAUUCCACGUGUUAUUAGUUUUCGUGUUAAAAUUACUACGGCACAGACAUUCAUAAUUUUAUUUUUGUUUUUUGUGAGUUUUCUUGUGUUUCUGUUUUUUGCUGUGUCUAAGAUACUGUGUUUGGUUAUUUAA